UGAAAUACAGUAUUUACAACCCCAAUUCCAAUCAGGUUGGGAUGUUGUAUUAAACAUACAUUUAAAAAAGAAUACAAUGAUUUGCAAAACAUGUUCAACCUAUAUUGAAUUGAAUACACAACAAAGACAAGAUAUUUCAUGUUCAAACUGAUCAACUUGAUUGUUUCUAGCAAAUAAUCAUUAACUUGGAAUUUUAUGGCUGCAAUACGUUCCAAAAAAAAGCUGGAACAGGUGGCAAAAAAGACUGAGAAAGUUGAGGAAUGCUCAUCAAACACCUGUUUGGAACAUCCCACAGGUGAUCAGGCUAAUUGGGAACAGGUGGGUGCCAUGAUUGGGUAUAAAAGGAGCUUCCCUGAAUUGCGCAGUCAUUCACAAGCAAAAGUGGGGCGAGGUUCACCUCUUUGUGAACAAGUCCGUGAGAAAAUAGUCGAACAGUUUAAGGACAAUGUUCCUCAACGUACAAUUGCAAGGAAUUUAGGGAUUUCGUCAUCUACGGUCCAUAAUAUCAUCAAAAGGUUCAGAGAAUCUGGAGAAAUCACUGCAUGUAAGCGGCAAGGCCGAAAACCAACAUUGAAUGCCCGUGACCUUCGAUCCCUCAAGCGGCGCUGCAUCAACAACCGACAUCAAUGUGUAAAGGAUAUCACCACAUGGGCUCAGGAACACUUCAGAAAACCAACGUCAGUAAAUACAGUUCGGCGCUACAUCCACAUCAAUGAAGAUCUUUGUCCUGAGCCCCGUCACAUUAAAAAGGAAGUGGAGGACGAAGAGGUCCCCCACAUUAAAGAGGAGGAGGAGGAGGAGGAUAUCACCAAAUUGUCAUUGAUUGGUGUCCUUUUGAAGUGUGAAGAUAAAGGUCAAAGUGAGGAGGACAGAGGGGCGGGGCCUCCAAGCAGCAGCUCAAGUCAGCACAUGACAACAGAAGGUGAUGGAGACCACUGUGGAGGAUCACAAGCAGAUAGCCUCUUAGCCCCACUAUCAGAUGACGACAUAACUUCACAAUCUCCUGACGCUGAUGAUGACCGCUUUCAAGGCGAUAUGACAUGUCACGCUGACGACAAACCCUGGGGAUGUUCUCAGUGUGGGAAAACUUUUACUUAUAAGAGGGGUUUGAGACAACACAUGAGAAUACACACUGGAGAAAAACCUUUUGCCUGCUCAGUUUGUGGUCAAAGAUUCUAUAAUAAAACAAACUUGGCAAAUCACACAAGAACACACACUAGGGAGAAACCCUUUCCCUGCUCAGUUUGCGAUCAAAGAUUUUCUCUUAAGACCAACUUGGAAAAUCACACAAGAACACACACUGGUGAGAAACCUUUUUCCUGCUCAGUUUGUGGCCAAAGAUUCUCUCAGCAGGGAGCCUUACUAUAUCACUCAAGAACACACACUGGGGUGAAACCCUUUUCCUGCGCAGUUUGUGGUCACAGAUUCUAUAGAAUGGGAGACUUAAAAAUACACACAAGAACACACACUGGAGAGAAACCUUUUUCCUGCUCAGUUUGUGACAAAAGAUUCUCUCGCAAGGGUCACUUACAAACACACAUAAGAACCCACACUGGAGAGAAACCUUUUGCUUGCUCAGUUUGUGGUUAUAGAUCCUCUGAAAAGGGAAAAUUAAGAAGACACACAAAAACCCACACCAGAGAAAAACUUAAUUCCUGCUCAGUUUGUGGCCAAAAAAUCUCAAAAAAGGGUAAACUUAAGAAACACAACUGUGUAGGUGAGAAUCGCGAUGAUCAAUGAAGGUUUCACUUCUCAUCUGAGCAAGCUUAAUCAGUUCAUGCACCAAGGAUGAUUGUAAUCUUUGUACCUGGUCCGUUCCUAAAGGUCUCCUGUAGACAAGUGUUGUAACACUCUUGAUCAAAGACUUUUAGAAAUGCGUCUGAUAUACAGGAUGCAUUACAUCUUCAUCCAGUGUUUUUGUGACGUGCAUAUCAAAUAAACGAAUGAUUGGUUGAAAUACUGUAAACAAAUAUUUGACUUUUAGUGGUAAAGUGUACAGUAUAUGUGAUCCUGAAGAAAACAGACAUCUUGUAAUAUCAUGUAUUACGCAACUAUAUGUCUAUGUUCUGUGUUUGCUUUUAUUAUGCUUUGCUGUCUGCUGCCUGGUCGGCGUUACAAAUGAGAAUAUGUUCUCAGUUGCCUUACCUGGGCAAACAAAGGCUAAAGGUCCCAUGCCAUCAAUUUCUUUUCAUAAUCUUUGAUGCGCAGGAUGCCCUUAAGCUAUUUUACCUGGUCUUUUACACCUGGCAAUUGAGAUGGGUAGAUUUAUCAUUAAUAUUGGCUUUGUAAAUAAUCUUUACUCUGAUGGGAUGGCUGCUAUUCUGUCAUUCUUUUUACGUGGGCCACGUCAUCCGCUCCCAUUCACUUUAAUUGAACCCGCGCGUGACGUUCAUCGCUGGCGACAAUAAAUACAAGCUUCGCUAUUACAUCCAGUUAAGUUAUAAAUUAUAUAGUUGAGUAUUGUUGUAAAACACAACUUAUUAUGUAUACUUUAUAGACUUUGUAUGGCUUGGCGGGAGCAGCGCAUUAAAACCCGGAAAUGACGUGUUGUCGUUCAGCUGAGUUGAAUGGGUGGGUACCAACCAUGACGUGGGGGAGGAACUUGAAUAUUCAUUGCCUAAAGUAUGUUACAACGACAGCGAUUUCAAAUCCACCUGUUUCGCAAGCCUUAUGCCGUUGAUUGCCUUUUCCAUUCAUUUGACAAAACUGCAUAGAUGUCAAGCUUUAACCAUGUCACAGACUCAUUUUGACCUGGUAUGCAUAAAACUGUACAACUUUUCUAACAGUGAUAGUUCCUUGUAUAUCAACAAAGGAGCUUCAAAGAUGACCAUUGUAUUAUCUGUAUAUGUGUGAAUAAAAGUCUCAUAAGUGA